ACCAACGUCAACACUGCAAACCAUCACAAUGUCUGCUCCAAUCAACAAAGAAAAAGUUCAAGAACAACAAGAAGAAAUCCACAAGAUCAGAAUGACCUUGACCUCCACCAAGGUUAAGCAAUUGGAAAAAGUCUGUGCCAACAUUGUUGGUAACGCUCAACAAAACCACAUUGCUAAAAAAGGUCCAGUUAGAUUACCAACUAAAGUUUUGAAAAUCACCACCAGAAAAGCUCCAAAUGGUGAAGGUUCUAAAACUUACGAUACCUACGAAAUGAGAAUCCACAAACGUGUUAUUGACUUACAAGCCCCAGCUUCUAUUGUCAGAAAAAUCACUCACAUCACCAUCGAACCAGGUGUGGAUGUCGAAGUCACCAUUGCUGCUUAAGCGUGAUGGCUGUAGAUUCUCAUGAAAAUUAGUGGACUUGACUGGUUUUUAAUUCCAAUGAUAAUUUCAACUGAUUUUAGUGGUAUAUAUAUCCAAAUGCUCUAGGCGUGCCGUGUAUUCCAUCGAUAAUCUCGUUGUAUUUUAUUCAUGGGCUGCACUGACGUUGCGGCGUUAGCUAUCAGGAUUUGGUAUGACUUGAAUCGGUUGUUUAUUAUUAUGUACUAUAAAUUAGUUUAGUAUACUCUUUUUUUUU